AUGAAACACCAUUUUAAAGAACAUGGAACUAUGGAUUGUUUGUUUGAACCAGUGGAGGAGAUAGAAAAUAAAGAAGUUAAGCAAUACUUGACUAAAAUUUACCGAGAUUACCAAAUUGCUAAAAAACAAGUCAUCUUUGAUUUUAGCGAACUAAUCAUUAACUGUCUACAUGAUGAAAAAAACAGUUUUACUAAUGCUAUUAGUCCGGAAAUAGAUAGUAAAGUAUUUAUCUCAGAAUUGUUUCAAAACUUGAAACUUGCUUGUCAAGAAACAGAAUUAAAGGAGUUAUUUCGGCAAGGACACUUUCAUUUUGUCCAAAAUUCUUAUAUUAUAGAAAAGAUAGAGAAAUUAGUAGACAAUCCUUAUCUAGACUACAAUAGACUUUGCCAAAUCCCCUUAGAUAAAGAAAUAAGAUUGUAUGGAGAAGCUUAUGACUUAGUUUUGGCUGACUUACUCUCUUCCUUAAAAAAAAUCAAAGAUGAAGGUAGUAUUAAAUUAGGAGAUUUAGGAACUAUGAAUAAGAAAAAGUCUCUGCUCAAAAGGAAUGAAAAAUUAAAUUCUUACCUAACUUUAUUACCUACCAUUGCUGGUUCUCUAUAUGAAAUGACUACGGGACAAAAAAUCCCGCAAAUGACUGGCACGAUAGGUGAAAUUCAACAAGGUAUUCAGCAAAUUCAAUUAAGUUUAACUCAAAUUAUUAAUAGUCAACAGCAAUUAGACCAAAGAUUAACCGCUUUAGAAACUAAUGCUACUAAUCAGUUCACUAAUCUAGUUCAAGAAGUUAAAGGGAUUAAAUCUAUCCGCUUAACGCAUGACCGAGAAAGGAAACAAUUAGACUAUAAUUUAUCAGAAAACUAA